AUGACUGCAAAGUUAUUAACUCGAUUUGGUGUUUUCUGGCAUCCGUGGUACGUACGUAAUCUUUCAACAAUCAGCCAAAUGCUAUCAUCAUCAAGACGAAAGAUUUAUAAAGUACAGGAGUCUGAAGCGUUAAAUGUUGCUCGUCAAUGUAUUUUGGAUGGCGAGGUUAUUGCUUUGCCUACCGACACUGUGUACGGACUAGCAUGUAAUGCAAAUGAUGAAGAAGCAAUACAGCGACUAUACGACAUAAAAGGACGUGAUUCUUACAAACCAGUUGCGAUAUGCGUGAAAAAUCUGGAGGCGUUUCGGCGGUAUGGCAGAACAGACCAUUUGAAUGAUUCUCUCCUUCAGCGCCUACUGCCGGGGCCAAUUACUAUAAUAGUCGAAAGGUCCCCACAGCUCUAUAAUCCAUUUUUAAAUCCCAAUACCACAAAAAUUGGCAUUCGUAUUCCAAAAUUUAGUUUUAUACAAGAGCUUUGUUUAUUAUUUGAUGAACAACCGCUUGCCUUAACAAGUGCGAAUUUGUCAAAUACACGUAGCAGUUUAAAUAUAAGUGAAUUCAAGUCCUUGUGGCCGAAACUUGGUGGAGUUUUCAAUGCAGGUCAGUUGGGCUUGACUGAAGAAUGCCGUUCUGCGUCCACUGUGGUAGACUUAUCCCAGCCAGGACUAUAUAAAAUAGUAAGAGAGGGCGUAGCUCUUAAAUAUACCAUAAACGUGUUACAUGAAUUUCGCAUAAGAUCAAUUAAUUAAUAGUAUUAAAAGCAGUGUAAAUAAACAGUCAAAUAGUUGAAAA